AUGCUAACAUCCAUCACUGGUAAUGCUUUGGUGUUGGCCGCCAUAUUGAGAACUCCUUCGCUUCGUUCAGUACCGUCUAUUAUCUUCCUAUGUAGUCUCGCUAGUACAGAUUUUCUUGUUGGACUUCUGGGUCAACCUUUUUACAUUGCCAGUGAACUAUACCACUCAACUGAUGGGCCUCUUUCCAAAGUCGAAGUAUUGAUAUCUGCUUCACUUUGUGGUGUUUCACUAGCAACAAUAACAGCCAUAAGCGUAGAUCGACUUCUAGCUCGUCACUAUCACAUGACUUAUCCGAAUUUAAUGACAACAAAACGUGCAAUGUAUGCCUCAGCAAGUCUCUGGUUUCUAUCCGUACUUUUAGCAUGCCUUAGAGUAGCUUGGGGAUCAGAGGUUAUUCUUAUUUUUGAAGGAGUGUGUAUUACAAUUUGUUUUGUCCUUUCGUCCGCUUCUUACAUCAAAAUUUAUUUCAUUGUUCGUCACCAUCAGAUCCAGAUUCACGCUCAUCAACAAGCUGUAAACAGUUUUAAUAUUAGUGUAAAUAUUCCAGAUAGUAAUAACAUGAUAAUAUCAAAGAAACGUGCUUUAAAGACUUUUAUAUAUUUCAUCUGCAUGAUAUUUUGUUACUUACCUUAUCUAUCUUUUUCAUUGCUACAUGCCACCUCAGUUAUAGGCUAUGAGAAAAAUUGGUUCUUUGCAGAGACUUUUGUGUUCCUGAACUCGUCCGUAAAUCCAUUUUUGUACUGUUGGUGUAAUCGUGAAAUCCGAACGUCAACUGUAAAGGUAGUCCGAAAAAUGAUGUGUAAACAAACGGAAGAAGCCAGCGAGCUUGAAGUUUAAACUUGUAUUUGUAUAGAAACCUUCACCGCGGUAUGCAAACUUCCUCAAACUUUGCCUUAUAAGGAAUGGGCUCGCUCAGUUAAAUUAUAAGAACAAAAUAUUAAGUAAACAGAAAUAUACAUGCAAAAAUCAAUGGCAGAGCUAGAGUAAAUCUUAAAAUAUAUCCUAGAUAAUCGUAUUAAUCAUGGUUAGGCUAAAAAACUGAGAGGAACUUUUUUAUAUAUUAAUCCUGUAUUGUGGUAAAUAAAAAAGCUCCUAACUUCUUGUGCCAUACGAAUGCACCUGGCAUGUCACUAAAAACGUAUCAUUGAAGCUAUCAGGAAGUUAUCCGUAUUUGUAUUGAUACAUAAAUUUUCCUAUUUGAAGUUUGUAGAUACACUCAGGAUUCAGAAUUCCUCAAUUUUUAAAUAAAGGGUCAGUGUGAGUAUGGAAAGCACUCCUCGACAUUAUUCUUUCAACCCUUUUUUGACGUGUAAUUAAUCUUUAGUUAUGGGGGUGGGAUGAAACGGUUCGAAGUUAAGAAUGUUUAGUCUCCAGCUCAGCGCCAGGUGAAGAUCCAUUUUAUAAAUAUAUAAAAAUAUUUAUUUUAAAAACCCCUAAUUACUAUUCAUCAUAACUCAAACAACUGCGCGCUUUACUACUUAUUUUUUAAAAAAAUAGAGAAAGGCACAAAUUAUUACCAGAAAAAUUACCCGGUCUAUGUGUAUAUUUAUUUAGUGCUAUUAUGAAAAAACAACUGAACCAAUAAACGUCUGUCACCUGCCAUAUUAGCUAAGCAUGAGAUCAAAGGCAAAUGUUGAAUAACCAUAAAUUGGUAAAGAUUUUCAGUGUUCCAACAACUUCCGCUCAAACUAGUGACACUUUUUAAUUCUCUAACACUAUUUUGAGCAUUCCGGAGCGUAUUUUAGCAUAUCAUUUUUGUUAUGUUCCUUUUUCAACUGCUAAAAGUGAAAACAAUCAUUACUGUCUCCUUUCCAUACAUCUCCCUCGAAAUUUUUAAGUUCGCUAAGGUAAUGGAGCGGAGAAUUCUAAACUUUAAUUGUUGAAUUGUGUCUCAGUGACAAAUCAUAAUUUCAGCCUUCCUUGUAGUUACACAAUAUUAUUAAUCCUUUUCCACAAGAACAUAGACCGUCUUAGCAUCAUCAUAGUGCGGGGUAAUGGUAGAGAGUCCGAAUUUUAACAAUAAAAUUUAUCUAUUUACCAUUAGAGGGAGGGAGAAGGACCCUGAAAUCUUUGUCUUGGUAGACCUGAUGAAUCGAACACAUGUCUGAUCUAAAUGAAGAUACGUUUAACAAUGCAAUGUUUAAGUGGUUUUGAACUAUAUUCUGGUUGGGUGCCCCUGUCUAAAUACUAUUUUGACAUUGUCGGUAAUAACAAUGAAAACGUUUUGAGACUAAUUACAGAUUAUCUUAAUUUUGCAUAUGAACAACAUCAUAAAGAGUUCGGAUGAAUCCAUUUAUAAAGGCUUUUAAAGAGCUGAAACGGGUAUCACAACGAGAACGAGUCACAAAUGAAAGCUGUCAGUCACAGCGUCUUUUUGUGAAGGAAACGCCGGACGUGCAUCAACAAAUGAUCCACUAAGUAUUAAGGAUUUUUAAAGAGUUCGGAAACAGGUGCCAGUUGCGCAUUUAGAUCUAGUUACAAAGAAAACCUGUCACUCACCGCUUGUUUUUCAAGGGAAACGCCGGACGCGCAUCAACAAAAGCUGAGAAAUAAUCGAAGAUGCUAAACUAACUACCCUUUUAUCUAUAAGAACGAAUUAAAACCGGACAACAUUGGAAAUAUGAACAACCGUUCUAACUUUGAAACUAUUGUUGUCAUAAAUUGUAUUCUGAAUGCUCCACUGAUGCUAACAUCCAUCACUGGUAAUGCUUUGGUAUUGGCCACUAUAUUGAGAACUCCUUCGCUUCGUUCAGUACCGUUCAGUACCUAUUAGCACGUCUUCAAGACGUGCUAACAGACAAAUCAGCCUCAGACAAAUUUUGCUUCAUAAUUCGUCUUAGCACCGAAUUUAUACUAGAGACGAAUUAUCCGUCAGGACGGAUAAUUCGUCCGUAGUGGCUCCUCUAACUAAAAUUUUAGUCACCAGAAAAACGUUCAUUGACAUCGUCUCAUUCCGAACGUUUUUAGAAGAAGACUAUUUCUAGCCACUGUUUAGACCUACAAAUGGAAAACGGUUUGCUCUUUAUGUUCUUAAAGUUUUCAUCUUUAGUUUGGGGCUGGGAAGGAGGGGUUGAGGUUAAGAAUACUUAAAAAAGGGUCCGCAUAAUAAUUUGAGCAACUCAUUUUCAGAAGUAUGGUUUUGCUCUUAGCCUCGUUUUGAAAGUGAGAGUUUUCGGAACUCGGAAAUGUACAGUACCGCAAAUGAUCCCCAAAAUGGACCGUAAAUGAUCCUCGACCCCAAGUGAUCACCAUUGUCGACCGCAAAUGAUCCCGUGAAAAGUAGAGGAAUGGAAUGGAUUUUAGGCAUAGAUAGUAAAUGGUGCUGAGAACUGUAGCAACGCAUAAAACAAUGAAAUGAAUUAAAAAGAUAUAUAUUUUACCAUUCUACUUCUGAAGGAAAUUGUUUCUCCUUUCUUUUUAGCAUUGAUGUUUUAGUCUUACUGUGAAAAUUUUAGACAGGAAGGUCGUCAAGCAGGAAACUAGUCUUUUACUUCAACCCCGAGGCAUACGGAAAUAUGACCCCGCAUGAAUUUAUCGCUCCAUCACGUUUCCAGUAGUUUUGAAAUAAUAGCAACUACAGCUUGUGAAAAUGUCACGCGACCAAGCAAAGUAGCUAAAUGAAAACAAAUGGAAAUGCUAAAUUUAACAAAUUGAACGUCUUGUGAUAGAGCUGGUUUCAUCUCUCAUCUCAGCCUGAAUUCAAAUAAAUUAAAACCGGGAAUCAGUGAAUUCAGAAUGAAAAGUUUUUUAGCAUUUCCCAAGUCUACUUAAUACUCUUAAAAAGAGCUUUCUUAAAAGAUAACAGUUUUUAUUUUAAUAGAUGAGGACGUUUGAAUUUAAUAUUUCAAUAUUUAAUCUUGAAUAAUACAAAAAAAAGGCGUAAGUUUCAAGCUUUCAUUUUGAGCCCCCUUCCUUUCGUGGAUAGUCUUUUUGAUGUUGCCAGCUAAGAGAUCGAUGUUUCUUGAUGCACUGUGUAAGUUUCUGCAUACUAUUUUGACAUGGUCGGUAUACUAAUAACUGUGAGGCAAUUAAAACGUUGGGAGACUAAUUACAGCUCAGUAAGUUUUACUUAUUGAAAACAGAGUUUGGAUGAAUCCAUCAAUAAAGGGUUUUCAAAGAGUCAAAGACUGCAAGCGCCAAUUACCCAAUAAGAACAUUCAAAUAACACCUGCCAUAUUAGCUAAGCAUGAGAUCAAAGGCAAAUGUUGAAUAACCAUAAAUUGGUAAAGAUUUUCAGUGUUCCAACAACUUCCGCUCAAACUAGUGACACUUUUUAAUUCUCUAACACUAUUUUGAGCAUUCCGGAGCGUAUUUUAGCAUAUCAUUUUUGUUAUGUUCCUUUUUCAACUGCUAAAAGUGAAAACAAUCAUUACUGUCUCCUUUCCAUACAUCUCCCUCGAAAUUUUUAAGUUCGCUAAGGUAAUGGAGCGGAGAAUUCUAAACUUUAAUUGUUGAAUUGUGUCUCAGUGACAAAUCAUAAUUUCAGCCUUCCUUGUAGUUACACAAUAUUAUUAAUCCUUUUCCACAAGAACAUAGACCGUCUUAGCAUCAUCAUAGUGCGGGGUAAUGGUAGAGAGUCCGAAUUUUAACAAUAAAAUUUAUCUAUUUACCAUUAGAGGGAGGGAGAAGGACCCUGAAAUCUUUGUCUUGGUAGACCUGAUGAAUCGAACACAUGUCUGAUCUAAAUGAAGAUACGUUUAACAAUGCAAUGUUUAAGUGGUUUUGAACUAUAUUCUGGUUGGGUGCCCCUGUCUAAAUACUAUUUUGACAUUGUCGGUAAUAACAAUGAAAACGUUUUGAGACUAAUUACAGAUUAUCUUAAUUUUGCAUAUGAACAACAUCAUAAAGAGUUCGGAUGAAUCCAUUUAUAAAGGCUUUUAAAGAGCUGAAACGGGUAUCACAACGAGAACGAGUCACAAAUGAAAGCUGUCAGUCACAGCGUCUUUUUGUGAAGGAAACGCCGGACGUGCAUCAACAAAUGAUCCACUAAGUAUUAAGGAUUUUUAAAGAGUUCGGAAACAGGUGCCAGUUGCGCAUUUAGAUCUAGUUACAAAGAAAACCUGUCACUCACCGCUUGUUUUUCAAGGGAAACGCCGGACGCGCAUCAACAAAAGCUGAGAAAUAAUCGAAGAUGCUAAACUAACUACCCUUUUAUCUAUAAGAACGAAUUAAAACCGGACAACAUUGGAAAUAUGAACAACCGUUCUAACUUUGAAACUAUUGUUGUCAUAAAUUGUAUUCUGAAUGCUCCACUGAUGCUAACAUCCAUCACUGGUAAUGCUUUGGUAUUGGCCACUAUAUUGAGAACUCCUUCGCUUCGUUCAGUACCGUUCAGUACCUAUUAGCACGUCUUCAAGACGUGCUAACAGACAAAUCAGCCUCAGACAAAUUUUGCUUCAUAAUUCGUCUUAGCACCGAAUUUAUACUAGAGACGAAUUAUCCGUCAGGACGGAUAAUUCGUCCGUAGUGGCUCCUCUAACUAAAAUUUUAGUCACCAGAAAAACGUUCAUUGACAUCGUCUCAUUCCGAACGUUUUUAGAAGAAGACUAUUUCUAGCCACUGUUUAGACCUACAAAUGGAAAACGGUUUGCUCUUUAUGUUCUUAAAGUUUUCAUCUUUAGUUUGGGGCUGGGAAGGAGGGGUUGAGGUUAAGAAUACUUAAAAAAGGGUCCGCAUAAUAAUUUGAGCAACUCAUUUUCAGAAGUAUGGUUUUGCUCUUAGCCUCGUUUUGAAAGUGAGAGUUUUCGGAACUCGGAAAUGUACAGUACCGCAAAUGAUCCCCAAAAUGGACCGUAAAUGAUCCUCGACCCCAAGUGAUCACCAUUGUCGACCGCAAAUGAUCCCGUGAAAAGUAGAGGAAUGGAAUGGAUUUUAGGCAUAGAUAGUAAAUGGUGCUGAGAACUGUAGCAACGCAUAAAACAAUGAAAUGAAUUAAAAAGAUAUAUAUUUUACCAUUCUACUUCUGAAGGAAAUUGUUUCUCCUUUCUUUUUAGCAUUGAUGUUUUAGUCUUACUGUGAAAAUUUUAGACAGGAAGGUCGUCAAGCAGGAAACUAGUCUUUUACUUCAACCCCGAGGCAUACGGAAAUAUGACCCCGCAUGAAUUUAUCGCUCCAUCACGUUUCCAGUAGUUUUGAAAUAAUAGCAACUACAGCUUGUGAAAAUGUCACGCGACCAAGCAAAGUAGCUAAAUGAAAACAAAUGGAAAUGCUAAAUUUAACAAAUUGAACGUCUUGUGAUAGAGCUGGUUUCAUCUCUCAUCUCAGCCUGAAUUCAAAUAAAUUAAAACCGGGAAUCAGUGAAUUCAGAAUGAAAAGUUUUUUAGCAUUUCCCAAGUCUACUUAAUACUCUUAAAAAGAGCUUUCUUAAAAGAUAACAGUUUUUAUUUUAAUAGAUGAGGACGUUUGAAUUUAAUAUUUCAAUAUUUAAUCUUGAAUAAUACAAAAAAAAGGCGUAAGUUUCAAGCUUUCAUUUUGAGCCCCCUUCCUUUCGUGGAUAGUCUUUUUGAUGUUGCCAGCUAAGAGAUCGAUGUUUCUUGAUGCACUGUGUAAGUUUCUGCAUACUAUUUUGACAUGGUCGGUAUACUAAUAACUGUGAGGCAAUUAAAACGUUGGGAGACUAAUUACAGCUCAGUAAGUUUUACUUAUUGAAAACAGAGUUUGGAUGAAUCCAUCAAUAAAGGGUUUUCAAAGAGUCAAAGACUGCAAGCGCCAAUUACCCAAUAAGAACAUUCAAAUAACCAGUUAAAAGCUGCAAAGUCACCGCGUCUUUUUGUUAAGGAAACGCGACGAGCAACAAAAAAAGCUAUAAAAAGAAAUCGAAGAUGUCAAACUACUCCUUCUUCAGUAAGAACGAAUCAAACUCCGACAACAUGGGAAAAAUGGACAACAUUUCUAACUUUGAAACUAUUGUUGUCAUAAAUUGUAUCCUCAAUGUUCCACUGAUGCUCACAUCCAUCACUGGUAAUGCUUUGGUGUUGGCCGCCAUAUUGAGAACUUCUUCGCUUCGUUCAGUACCGUCUAUUAUCCUCCUAUGCAGUCUCGCUAGUACAGAUCUUCUUCUUGGACUUGUGGGUCAACCUUUUUACAUUGCCAGUGAACUAUACCACUCAACUGAUGGGCCUCUUUCCAAAGUCGUAUAUUUGAUAUCUGUUUCACUUUGUGGUGUUUCACUAGCAACAAUGACAGCCAUAAGCGUAGAUCGACUUCUAGCCCUUCACUAUCACAUGACGUAUCCGAAUUUAAUGACAACAAAACGUGCAAUGUAUGCCUCAGCAAGUCUCUGGUUUCCAUCCGUACUUUUAGCAUGCCUUAGAGUAGCUUGGGGAACAGAAGUUAUUUUUAUUUUUGAAGGAGUGUUUAUUACAAUUUGUUUUGUCCUUUCGUCCGCUUCUUACAUCAAAAUUUAUUUCAUUGUUCGUCAUCAUCAGAUCCAGAUUCACGUUCAUCAACAAGCUGUGAACAGUUUUAAUAUUAGUUUAAAUAUUCCAGAUAGUAGUAACAUGAUAAUAUCAAAGAAACGUGCUUUAAAGACUUUUAUAUAUUUCAUCUCCAUGAUAUGA